AUGAAAUUCAACACCCGAACCGCGCUGACUCUCAGCGCCUUGGCACCUCUCGCGUCUGCGUUGCUUCCAAUUAUCGAACAACAGCAACAACAACAACCACUGCUUUCCAACCCGGAGACCUCCAACACCGUGACCGAGAAUGAUAUCCCUUCCUACCGCGUGCCUCUUCUUUCCCUGCACCGAACACUAGUCAACACCCCCUCCAUCAGCGGCACCGAAGGCCAAGUUGCCCUCGACCUAAAAAAGCUCCUCAUCGACCUCGACUUCACCGUCCAGCUCCAACGUGUCCCCCCAGCAGCCCGCAUUCACGACGAUGACAACGACGACGACAACGACGACGACGACGAGUCGCCCCAGUACCGUUACAACGUCCUCGCCUGGCCCGGCCGCCAUGCUACCCCGACGUUCCACAACCGCACCCUCAUCACCUCCCACAUCGAUGUCGUCCCGCCCUUUUUGCCCUACGCCAUCAACGGCUCCCCUGUACCGCCAUCCGAACCGCUCGACUUCACCUCCUUAUCCUCCGACACGCUGAUCUCGGGGCGUGGGUCCGUGGACGCCAAGGGCUCGGUAGCAGCCCAGAUCACCGCGACGAAAGAGUUGCUCGAGAAUGGAGAGCUGGACCCAGCAAGCGUGGUGCUACUCUACGUCGUGGGCGAGGAGAUCUCCGGCGACGGCAUGAAGUUUUUCUCGUCUUUUCUCGCCAACCAAACCACUUCUUCCUCAUUGAGUAACACCCCACCCCGCCUGCACGCCGCCAUCUUCGGCGAACCCACCACCAACCUCCUCGCCUGCGGGCACAAGGGCAUCGCCUCGGCCCUUCUCACAGCAACCGGUAAAGCAGGCCACUCGGGCUACCCCUGGCUGGGCCGCUCCGCGACCGCAUUGCUGGUUCGCGCCCUCGACCGGUUGCUACAAGCCGAUUUGGGAAGCAGCGAACGGUAUGGCAACACGACGGUGAAUGUCGGGGUGGUGCAGGGCGGGGUGGCGGCGAAUGUGAUUGCCAAGGAGGCGUGGGCGAGGAUGGCGGUGAGGAUUGCGGUGGGGGGGAGGAAGAGUGGGAGGGGGAUUUUGGAGGGGGAGAUGAAGAGGGUGGUGAGGGAGGUUUUGGAGGAGGAGGGGGUGGGGAAGGGUAAGGAGGAUGAUGGGGGGUUGGAGUUGGUGGUUGGGCAUGGGUAUGGGCCUGUGGAGUGUGAGUGUGAUGUCGAGGGUUUUGGCACCAUGGUGGCCAACUACGGAACGGAUGUGCCCAAUCUGGAAGGCGAGCAUACAAACUACCUCUACGGGCCGGGUACUAUUCUGGUGGCGCACGGCGACAACGAAGGGCUAACCAUCCAAGAUCUGGAGGAAGCCGUGGAGGGUUACAAGAGGCUGAUCAAGCACGCCGUGGGGGCGUGA